GACCUCAUCUUCAUUCUACAGUCGAUACUUUUUAGAGCAAUGGUAUUAUUGAUACAGCAACGACCUCAUCUUCAUUGUACAGUCGCCAAGCGGGAAGAAUUCUAUGACAAAUUUGAUUCAAAGUUACGCCACAUUCCCCAUCUUUAUAAUUUCAAAUUCAAUUCUAAAGCUUCGUUGAAGUGCUUUUGCAGCAAAAACGAAACUACCCAUGAAGCUCUUCAGGGAUUUUCUGCUCUGCCACGGGAUGCCCCUUGGGAUAAUGAUACUGCUUGGAGCACAAUGGCUCUUUACAUUUUCAGUCUGCAUAUUCCUUUGAGUUUUGGAAGCUUGUCUUUAGUUUCCCAAUUAAUGCAUAUGCCUGUUCUUGAUCCUCAAACUAAGGCACUAUCAAGGCUUACAAUUCAAACUCUAGAGUUCUUUGUGACCCUUCUUCUACUAAAGCUCACUGCUAAGCCAAACUACAGAUUUAGAAAUUUCUUUAGAGAUAAUGAGUUAUGCAGCAAAAGGAAUUGGGUAUUUGCAUCAGCUUUUGGAAUUGGGUUCCUUUUCUCAUUAGCUUUCCUUACAUCACUUCUUGCAGAAAGAUUGAUUGGACCAAAGCAGGUUGUAAACAACCAUGUGCUGAAGGAAAUUCUUGACAGCAGCAACAUUUCAAGAGCAGCAUGCUUCAUAGCAUACUGUGUUGUAACUCCUUUCUUAGAAGAGACUGUAUUCAGAGGCUUUCUAUUAGCAUCAAUCUCAUCUGAGAUGCAAUGGCAGCAAGCAGUUAUUGUUAGUUCUGCAGUCUUCAGCGGAGCUCACUUGUCUGUCGAAAAUUCCUUACAGCUCUUCAUCAUUGGGUGUGUCUUAGGAUGCUCAUAUUGUUGGACUGGAAACUUAAGGUCUUCAAUCCUCAUACAUUCUUUGUACAAUGCAAUGACCCUUCUUUUAACUUACCUAUCCUAACUAUUGGCUACAUACGUUUCUUAUUAAUAUCUUACUUCACGGCUAGGAUGUGUGUGCUUUAUUAUCAUGUCACUUCUAAUGUUAGAUUGCUGGCGACUAGCGUUCAAGUGGAAGUUCAAGUAAUCAGAGUUGUAUUCACCUUGAGACCUCUUUUCGAGCUAAUGCUUGAAUACAAGAAGUUGAUGAAACUACUUGAGAGAGGCGGAAUUACAUAUUUCUAUGGACUUAAAAAUAUUGAAGGGACCUCUUUUUGAAA